AUGUUCCGUUCCGCUGUCGUCCGCUCGUUGAGAGCCUCCGUUCCCCGUGCUGUCAGGACUCCUGUUGCCUUCCAGAUCCGUAGCUCUCCUGUUGCUCGUCCUGCUCAAUUCGCCCCUCGCUUUGCUUACCAGGGUGUCCGCCUCUACUCCGCCCCCGCUGGUCUGAACAAGGAGGAGGUCGAGGGCCGGAUAGUCAACCUGUUGAAGAACUUUGACAAGGUCUCCGAUGCCAGCAAGAUCAACGGUUCUUCCCACUUCUCGAAUGACCUCGGUCUGGACAGCCUGGAUACUGUUGAGGUUGUGAUGGCAAUCGAGGAGGAGUUCAGCAUUGAGAUCCCCGACAAGGAGGCCGACACCAUCCACAGCGUUGACAAGGCUGUUGAGUACAUCCUUGCUCAGCCUGAUGAAGUAUCACCACCUGCUCCCCACGGUCGACCACUCAUCAUCACCACCUGCUCAUCUAGUUCCCCGCUUUCGGUCACCGUCCUAUAUCUCGACAUCCUCAUGGCCUCAGCCGGGGGCUUGACUCGCCGGAGAGGUGGCGGUCGAGUCGCUGGCGGAGAUGACAACGAUGAUAGCAGAGUGUCCUCCCCGGUAUCUAGAAAUGGCUCCGCACUUGACCAUCGCGGACCCGAGGCAGCCUCGUUCACAAGCUCUGAGAAUGGCCACAAGAUCGCGUUCGAUCCCCGGGAUCUGAGCGAGACCGAAGAGCGAAGCAAGCAGCCCAAAUUGACCUUGAUGGAAGAAGUGCUGCUACUGGGGUUGAAGGAUAAACAGGGAUACCUUUCUUUCUGGAACGAAAACAUUUCCUAUGCUCUUCGGGGUUGCAUUGUCAUCGAGCUGGCUCUCCGCGGUCGCAUCAGCAUGCAAAAGGACUCUUCCCGGCGACGGUUCCCUCUCGCAGAUCGCGUAAUCGAAGUCAUCGAUGAUACCUUGACGGGUGAGGUCUUGCUGGACGAGGCAUUAAAGAUGAUGAAGUCGAGCGAGAAGAUGAGCGUGAAUUCGUGGAUUGACCUAAUGAGCGGUGAAACGUGGAACUUGAUGAAGAUUGGGUAUCAACUCAAACAGGUCCGCGAACGUCUUGCCAAGGGUCUCGUCGACAAAGGCAUUCUCCGUACCGAAAAACGCAACUUCCUCCUCUUUGACAUGGCCACACACCCAGUCGCCGACGGAGGCGCCAAAGAUGACCUUCAUCGCCGUGUCCGCAACGUUUGUAGCAGUCGCACCGUGAUCCUGCCGGCCAACCAAUGGCUCCCUGAAGAUGCUGAGUUCCGGUAUCUUCGAACUGUCACCAUGGUUUGCGCGGCCUAUGCGGCCAACGUGUUGGAAAAUGCACUCGUUACAAUGAGCCACGAGGCGAGAGAGAGGGCUUUUGCACAGGUUGAUGAGUUGCUGGCAGAAUAUUCCCAAUGGCCGUUCGCUCGGAGACCGGGUGGUUCACAGGCGAUUGGUGCCAACCUGGCACAGGCCAUCAACGACGAGGUCAAUAAAGCUAAAGAUCGAGAACUUCAGUUGGAGAUUGUCGCUGCAUGUUUGAGCGUGUUUACCAGACUUGAUUCCUUACUGUAG